AAAAUAUUUGGAACCCUUCGUCAGAAUGCCACGAGAAUGUCACGGCACGACUUUCCGCGUCAGUUUCCAUUGUAAAUGUACAAUGUCCUCGUCGACUAUCAGCCGUUCGAUCGUGCUGCUGAUCGUCCUUUCCGCGGGUGCGACAACGUGUUCCGAUCUCGACGAGACGAUAGAAAACUUGCACGAAUUGUUGGGUACCGAAUCUCAGCAGGUUCGGCGAGAUUCCGAGGACGUCUCGUCGUCGAUUUGGUUCGAGUACGAGUACAAUACCGGCGCUGGGAACAGACAGGAAGUGUCGGUGAAAGACGUUUCCGUCCACGAGGACCCGAAGCUCCCCGAGAACGGCGCCGCCCGGCAAUACUUGGAUGCGAACGGCGUCGGUUUCUUGAUACACGCCGAGAGAUCGUUCCUUUCGUUCUAUGAAUUCGAUCCGGACAACGCUGUCGUCGGUGAUCCAGUGAACUUAACCGUCGCUGGCGAGAUACUGGCGUACAAAGCGUUCGCUUCGCACGGCUUCCAAUCGGCGAACAUCACGGAAGUGGACGUGGUGGCCGUUUUGUGCGUGCGAUCGCUCGAAGGAACUUCGCUGCAAUGGCACAGGCUGCUCGCCGACAGGACCUUCGACAAUUUCUGGCUGUGGCCUGUCCAGAAGGAUAUCAAGCACGUGGAGCACAUUCGACGGAAAAAUCGGAACGAACUGCUGUUGCUGGGCCACGAGACAAUCCAAUCCGGGAUACAAUACUCGCCCAUCUACGUUUACGGUUUCAGCAUUGACUUCUCCACGAGUUCUUUCGACUUCUGGGUUAGUCUGGUGAAAUUGGAACCAAAAGUGUUCGACAUUCGAGUCUGCCCGAUCUACGAAACCGCCUUCCUCGCUCUUCAAGGCCACAGCGGGCUCACCCUGUACGAGUACAAGGACAACGCGAUCGGCAGCAUUUUUCAGCAACCGCUAACGAUCGAGUCGCACGAUUUGAGAAACUUCGUGUGCUUCGAGAGCGGAUAUCUGGCAUUUCUGGCUGUGUCCGGGCCGGAAGCUGGCCUCUUGCACUUCUUCGAGGACGAUUUUCAGUACAACGCGGAGUUCAACGCUGAUUUUAACACUUCAGAAAUAUUAUGGAUCAAAGACAUCAGACUGGACACUUACAGAGACGAGUCACUGUUGCUUCUUCAACUUGAAAACUCGACUGUCAUUGCUUUAGGCUGGCAAGGUUUGAAUUUCAAGAGGACACCGUUACCGCACAACGUUCUCGAUCAAUUCAACCUGUCGUUAGUCACUGUCAUCCCAAAAUUCGGAUUCGUUCUCGGGAAUAAGUUCGUGAAGUUUCACACGGAGUUGAAAGACCUGAAACAUCCAUCUCAAUACACCGCGGAGAGAUUGUUGAGUCUUCAAUAUUUAUUAAAUGACAUUCUGAGUCACCAGGAGAUGAUUUUAAACGAAACGGAAGCGCGUCUCAAGAAAAGUUACUUGAAAAAUCCUGUGAUCACUGGGUUUUGGAACAUCAGUGUAGCGCGUGCAACGAACGCAACCGUAUUCGACAAUGAUUCCGUCACGUUGGGAUCCGCAAAUCUGUCCAGGGAAGAUUUAAGUUUCAACGUGACCGAUUACAUGGAACAGCUGAAGGAACUGGAACGGAAGCUUAAUGAAAUCGAUUCGAAUUUAGAGCAGGCCCUAAAUUUGAAUUCGGCCGAAUUAGAUCACAAUUCGGACGUCGAAAUGUUCGGAACUAUGAACGCUUCCGGUAGCUUGAACGUGGACGAGCUAAUUGUAAAGUUCAUUAACGACGUCGACGUGCAGAACGAUUCUCCGCCCGAGAAUGAAAGUGUUAAACAGCACGCGAAAGUUUCCACUAUAAAAGCCGACAAUCUCACUGUCUAUUCGUUAAAUGGUAUCCCGGUGACAGAUAUUCGCUUUGCAAAUUCGAUACACAAUUAUAGCGGCAUUGACUUCUCGAAGAUAGAUCGAGCCGUGGUGGAGGGAGACCUCUUCGUCGAGACGAUCAACGGCGUUCAUUGGGGGAACCUCAUGAAAAACGUCGUGUGGAAGAAUAAGGAUGCGGUCAUCCCUGGCGACACCGUCAUCGAAGGGUCGCUGAGCGCAGACAGCGUAGAAUUGGGCACACUGAACGAUCUCCAAUAUCCGUACGACUACGUUUUAGUGGACGGAAACAUUGCAACGGAAGUGACCGGCCUAAAAUCAUUUAAUCAUCUGAGAGUAGGUAGCUUGAGCGGCCUCAAAACUAUAAACGGUAUAGACAUCGACGAUUUCAUACUUCUGCAGGAAGACAAUGUGCUGAACGAAGAAAUCACAUUCGAGGAUCUGAUCGUAGAAGGCCCUCUUAAGAUUGACUGCAAUGUAACAGGGCAGAACGUAAUCGAACCGAAGCUCUUGAACGAGACCUCUGAGAUCACGUCUCAGGUCACGUUUGUCAACCUGACGGUACUCGGAAAUGUGAUCUUUGAAAAGGUAUUUUUAUACAAGUAUCCUUUGAGGUUCGAUGAUCUGCUAUUGAAAACUGACGUGGACGCUAAAAUAACUGGCACCAAAACGUUCCAUGGUAACGUCGAGAUGAGAUCCAAUGUAACGAUCACGUCCGGAUUAAUUAACGGACACCCGAUGGAUGAAUUCGUGACCACGGACACGGAGCAAGAAUUUCCUAAUUUGAAGAACGUAUCGUCGCUGGUCACGUUUGGAAAUGUAACUUAUAAAUUCGCGGAUAGAUUAGAAAAUCUGCUGAACGAAAGUGGAAACGGCAGCAGCUGCCUCGAAAAGAUAAUUCUCUUCAAGUCUCCCAUAGUCGUGGACCAAUUGUCCUUUGACACAGUGAACAAAGACGUUUCGUUUGACGAAUUUACGAGAAAAUUGAACGAAUCGUUCGAGAGUAUAGUUUUCGAUCGUCUCAAUACCGGAACUCUGAUAGCAGAAGAGAUUGCGCCUAAAGAGAUCAACGACGUCGACUUUGCAAAUUUCGCGGAGCGUCUGGCGGCGUCCCGUAAUAUAACCGAUUACUCGAUCGACAAUCUGGAAUGUAAUCGCAUGGACGUGAAAUUCAUCAACGGAAUGUCGAUAGACGAAAUAAAUGAUCUGAUGAAUCGUCUGAGCAUGUACAUGAAAGAUCUUACUAAUGGAAACAGGAGUCUCGAUUCUCUUAAGGUGACAGGACAGAUCAACGUUAACUCGAUCAAUGGUGUGAACUUGUCGGAUUUAUAUAAAAACUGUAAGAGUAAAUUGAUUUUCAAAAACAACGUUACGAUCGAAAAUCUAACGAUCCUCGGAUUACUGAACAACAUCAACUUCACGGAACGUGUCAUGGAUACGGUGUUGAAGACGGACAACAAUAUUACAGUCGACGGGCACAAAACAUUCGCCACCGUGCACUGUCGUGAAUUGCAGGCGAUCUCUUUGAACGAUCAUCCCCUGGAGAAUAUUUUCGAUCCUUAUAAAGAUCAGUUGUUGACCGGGCCAGUCAUUGUGAAUGGAAACGUGACAGUCCUCGGAAAAUUCCAUGCAACCGGAUACAUAGGCGACGUAAAAUUCGAGGAUCUAAUCAACAGGCGCAAGGCUCUCGGUAACAAUAGCUACGAAUAUCGCGAGAAAGUUAAUUUUUCGAGUAACGCGAGGAUUAAGAACCUCGUUGUAAACGGGACAAUCCAAGGCACAGAUUUCGACACUUUCUUAAAGACGGUCAUUUUUAAAAACGAGGACAACGUUGUCAUUUCUGGCGCGAAAGUAUUCAAGAACUCUGUCACCUUCAACGACGACUUCUUUGUGCACGAUAAAUUGAACGACAUAGACUUGAAGAGUUUCUGGGACAACGCUGUCUUCAUCGAUAGACCAUUUUUCAUCAAAUCGAAGAUCGUCUUCGAAGAUGAUAUCAAAGUUGAGAAAGACUUAAUCGUUAAAACAAACUUGGCAGCAAAGACCGUCAUGGGGAUCGAUAUAAAUGAACUGAAACUCGGCGUUUUGUACAGAAACCAACCCAAUUACAUUGAAGAGACCAUUGAACUCACCGACGUCAUCUUCCAGUCAAAUAUCAAUGUAGAAAGAUUCAACGAUUGGGACAUGAAGUUGUUGAUAUCACUGAAAUCAGAACAAACUAUACCGGUGGAUCGUCUUCGCUGUCUGAACGUCACCGUCGAGAAAUUCGAACUUUUGGGAAGGAUCAACGACGAGAACCUGAAAACUGUGCAAGAGACGACGUUCAUGAAAACUGGCAGUCAGAAUAUCACGGGACACUUCAACUUCACAGGGCAGGUUCGCAUCCGCCGUAAUUUCAACGCGCGUCUGAUCAAUGGAAUCGAUCCGACUCGAACCAUUCCUUUAAAUUCAAAUAGUACACUGACAGGGAACUUUUUGUUUGAGAAGCCUAUCAUUCUGAACCGAUCUCUCCGCGUAUUGAACGGCUACUUGAAUGAUAUAGAUCUUUCUCGAUGGGAAGCUGCAGCUGUAAGAACUAGUCAUUUCUUGCCGCAAAUUGUUUCUGGAAAGUGGACAGUAAAUGGUAGCGUAUAUUUCGAGAAUGGUGCUACAGGAAGCAAUAUUUUAAAUGACACCAGUCUCGCCAAGCUGGCGGAUACUUUGGGAAAGAGACGUUCAGAGAUGGAUGCGUGGGUCAAGUAUGCCAAUGCGAGGCUCAGAGACAUAUGUCAAGACUUAAAUAACCUGAUGCUGUCAGCCAAGAAACAAAUAUAUAGGUUCAGCGUGUUCGACUACCUGCAGCACUUCGAUUUCGAGAAUCGCAUUGUCAGCCUGCACCAGUUCGAGCUAGACGGCUUGGACUACCUGAUAAUAAGCUACAAUACAUGCCGCAUGCAGACAUACUUGUUCAAGGAAGGAAAAUUCGAGUCUGUCGCCAACGUGACCGAUUUCGGGUUCGUUCACGGAUGGAUCACGUUUAGAGACAACGAAAAUCUUUAUUUCCUUACUUCAGGGACACCGGUUUGUGGCAGGAACUCCACGAAUUUGUGGAAACUCGAGAACAACGAGUUCAAGCAUGUUUCGAGCCUGGGUCGUAAGAUAGACAGCAGGAAGGUGAACCGAAAAGCUCUCCAGAAGAUAAUCAGUCGGAAAAAUGAGAAACGAUCUUCAAAAAUAAGAAAGAAGGACCUGGAGGAGGCUCUGUCGUCCCUAGAACGUGAUAAUGACGUGAAAAUAGUCUUACAAGAUGAUCAGCUGUUGUUGACCAACAGCCAAAGGGCUAACAAGCACGAUGUUGACAAAAUGAAGAAUCCCGAGGUUCUGAAAUUUAAGGCGGGAAUAUUCGAGAAAGAGAUAUUUUUGUAUUACAGCGAAGAUCUUAGCGAUGAUCAUAUAUUCAUUUGCAACGACCAUGGAGCACGCAAAAAGAUCUUGCAAACCAUAAAAGCUUACAAGCCGACGUCGUUCACGGCUCUGAAUUUCGAGGGAAACGUUGAGACGCUUUUACUCUUCGUUGAAAACAGGAUGAUACUUCAAAUCUACGAGUACAAAGGAAUACAAGGCUUCGUACACAGGGACAGCGUUACAUUGAACAUCGAUAAGUUAUACAAUUUCCAAAUCCGAAAGUUCGCUGGUCUAGCGAAGCGACACUGUCUCGCUUUGAUCCACGAGAAUCGAUUGACGAUCUUGGAGGCAAAAAUGUACGGAGAGAAAGUUGACAUGGAAUCGUUGAAGUGUCCAGGAACAUAAAAUUAAAUUCAUACCGGUUUUAGGAGAAAUGAAUACUCUGGAUAUCGAUUAUCUAUGCUUAUAAUUGUAUAAGUUUUCUUAUAAGAGUUUUGUAUAAAUUGGUUCGCAAACGUGAACUUACUAUUGGUACCGAAAGUACUAAGUUAUGCGCUGAUACUGCGCGAUUGUAAUCACUGUUGCGGUUCGUAGAAAAAGAGUUUGUUAAUAAACGCCGCCCAGCCGCUUGGCCUCGUAAAAAGCAAU